AUGAGCUCGUCGAAGAAGACCGACACAGCAGCAGAGGGGAAGCCCUCCGCCGGGAUAGCGGCAGGGCCGAUCGACUGGAAGUAUGGGGGAUCAGCGAUCGAGAGACAGGCAGCGAAGAUCUAUGGAUCAGAGGGAGUUCUUCGGGGGAUCUCAAGUGGCCCGAUGACGCCGUCCCGAUCGACAACAGGACGGCUGAGGACGGAAGAUGAUGGAUCGGCGGCGGACGGCAACCGGCACAAGUCGUCAAUCGAGAGCCGAUUGUGGGAUGAUCGUGGAUCGGGGAUCGACCGCGAUGGGAUGCACAUGGAGGACGAAUUCCAUCGAGUCACCAAGUUCCAGGAACUCGGCAGCGUCGACGCGUUGGGAGGUGAACUACCGUACCGCGAGCGUCACAAAACAAAGCGUGACGCUCUUGCUGCCAAGGCUGCGGCGGGGACAUCCCAGCCGGAGAUUGUCCUCGAAGGUUCCUCUGUAGUCAACGACGCCGUUGACUUCGAGGACGGCGACGUGGAGAUGGAAGAGGGCGAGGCCUCUUCUAGCAAGCGCAAGGAGUCUAUUGACAGCGAUAGUCUCGACCAGCAUGCCGGGUCGAGACGCCCUCGUGAAGGAGACGACUCGGACGCUUUGAGCUCGAAGCGUUCGCGCGGCGAGAGCGACACUCCGCUCUCUGCUACUGGGGCUUUAAGCUCUCCACGUGGUGGGGCAAGUUCAAGCUCUCCGCGCGCUGCUCAGGCAGCGCGCGAUCCGUGGAUGCCGUCUGCGUCAGAGAUCGCAGACCGUGUGGGCAACACUGCGCCUCCAAACGAAAUCCCGCUGUACGUAUGCAGCGGCAUCCACGACGAUGCUGUGGCGGAAGAGCAGCACUUUGCUCCAGCGCGUUCACGCGCUGGAGCAGAGGUUCGCUCCCGCUGGGGCUUCCGCUUCGGGACAGCCGAGCUAGGUGGCUCGUGCUGCCGGAACAACACAAGACCGAAGGACGAGGGCGUGCUGGCUGAGACUGCGUGGUUUGUUGCGGCCACGACAGCAGUUGCCGGGGAAAGGAGUAGUGACCCGAGUACCUGGCUGAACCAAGACUACAAGACCGAUACGGGCGACGGAAGCAGCGGACAUGUCGCCACCAAGGCUUACCGCGUCUCCGCGAAGGGGGAGCCAUUCAUUGCCGACAAGAAGAGCAAGAACAAGAAAAAGAACAAGAAGAUGGCGAAAGGAUCUCAAUCGGCGGUACCAGCAACUCCGAUGAAGUCCGGCGGAACGCGAGGCGACGACUCGACGGCGGCCCUGAUCACGCCGCAACUCGACCCGAUUGCUGAGCGCCACGUCAGCUUCGACGAGUCGAUGACUGGAUCCGACGCCAAGGACGAAGAAAUGGAUGAAGAUUACGACGAUUACCUGGAGGAGAAGGCGCCUGCGCCAGCGGUGUUGGAAGACGACGCGCCUCCCGUCUCGCGCAACCUCGCGGAGGAGCUGGAUGAUGUGGAUGGCCCUGAACCAGCGUAUGAUGAAAUGGAAGAGUUUGAAGACAGCGCCGACAACUCAAGAUUGCCGGUGCUGACGACUCAAGUGACCGAGCAAACCUCGGGCAACCGGCCGCCGAUGGACGGAGACACGCCGGCAGCCAACAAGGUACUCGGCCGAUGCUUUGAAGCAAUGCGUGCGAGCGAAUGGGGUCGACUCUUCGAGCCGCGCAUGAUCCGCCAAGCGGUGUGGGCCGACCUGAGCCACGAGUUGGCGCGACCGGUGAAUGCGGUCACAGUGGAGCAAGUGGCGAACGACACGGUGACGUUCCUGAAGGCGUUGGGUCUCCGGCCCACACUUACCCUGUCGCCGUCGACUCUGGAGAGUUUCCUGCCCGCGGAAGCCGGAGCCGAUCUCUGGCAAUGGAAGAAGAAGUUGUGUACAGCCUUCGGGGUGACCCCCUUCUCCUUGGAACAGCCGAAGGCGACUCGCACCAACAAGGGGGGCGCGGACCCAGCGCGCGUCCCGCUCCCGCGAACUCCGAAGAAGACCGAGCGCGGUAACUCGGCCCAGAUUACGACAGGAGGAGUGUUCAGUGCGUCGGGCGAGCGAUCGCCGUACUUUCAAGACUCCCACAUGGUCACUCCACCCGCGAAGACUCGUACUGAACGAGUUGCGCGUGGUGCCGAAGACUCGAGAGUGACCAGGAGCAGUCUACAAAGCUCCGGACGGAGCUCAAGUCGCAAGUCCCGCUACGCCGACGACUCAUCUGAUGACGACGAUGACUUCACAGGAGACGGAGGUGCACAAAUGGACGACUAUCUGCGACAGAUCCGGGAGGUGAGCGACGCAGAGACAGUGAACCCGACGCCGAGGCUCGAGGUAGCGAUGCACCGACCACUGGGGCAGAUCCCGACGUUCUCGGGCGCUCGCGACAGGAGCGAGAACUCGAUGCAGUGGCUGCGCGCGUUUGUGUACGAGAUGAAAGAGACGGCGCGGUACACUGGCACCGACAACUGA